CCUCAGGAGGCGAUUAGCAUCAGGACGUCAGGGCGCAUGCGCAGUGUUUCAAAGCGAUGGCGGCGCUCACGGAGGAGGCGAUUCGGAAGCGAGUCACUCUGCGGCACCAGAACCUCGCUGAUGUCCGAUCAUUGUCUCUUCCUGGAACUUAUCAUGAAAAGAUUACUCAUUUAGGAAAUUCUCUGAAAAAUUUCACUCGCCUAAAAUCCUUAGACCUCUCUCGCAAUGCAUUGGUUAGCUUGGAGGGUAUUCAGCAUCUCAUAUUUUUAGAAAAGCUCAAUCUCUAUUACAAUCACAUUUCAUCACUAUCAGAAAUAUUUCGACUUCAUAGUUUAACUGCACUCAAGGAAGUGGACCUCCGUCUGAACCCUGUAGUUAAAAAUGAGUCUGAUUAUCGUCUUUUUGUUGUGCAUAUGCUUCCUAACCUUAGACGAUUAGAUGAUCGACCAGUGAGAGAUAGUGAACGAAAAGCAUCCCUUUUGCAUUUCACCACAGAUCAUGCAUUUGAAUUAAAAGAUUCUUCACCAACAGCAAAAGUGAAUGAAAUUGAAAGAUCUGGCCAGCCACGGAUAGCAUAUAUUAACUCCAUGUCAAGGAAGUGUUCAGUGAUGGAUGAAGAAGAUGAAGCAGUGCUAAACUUAAUUACAAAGUGUGAAUGGGACUUGAGCAAACCUCUUGGAAUAACAGGAUCUGCUAAAAAGGACCCUGAAGUAGAAUUUCACAGCUUACAAAGUAUUCGCAAUAUUGAAGAUAAUGUUGGCAUUACUAUGAAUAGGAAAUCCGAAACCAGACCCAUCAGCCUACAAAUGCGGAAGCAACAAGCAAAUAUGCCUAUGGAUGUUAGUUCAGAGAACAGAAAUGCGUUGAAAGUUCAGGAAACUGACGAAGAGUUCAGAAGUUUGCCUGAUUGUUCACCAACUCUGCCUGUUGUACAUAAUACCAUUAAGCAAGGGAAUGAGAAAAGGAAAAAUAGCACCAAAGUUACAUUUUCAGACAAUAAGAGUCAAGAUCUUCCUAAGAGAGAUCCUAAUCUGAAAUUUCAAGAUGAGGCUGAAUCUUAUAAAAAAAUUACAACCCAUGCCAAUUUCACACCCCAUCCAGACUCUCAAGAAAUUUCUUCUCCAGUCCUCUCCUCUCCAAAGAUGCAUACACAGGCUCAGAAGAUUUUUAAUACAUUAUCAGCAUCUAGAUUACUUUGCAAUAGAACAUCACAUAAUGGAGGAAGCCAACCAAUUCAGAACCAGACUUACUCUGCAGCUUUACAGAAAAAUAAUGGCCAACCUAAUGUUAGUGUGAAUGUGUCUAAACAAGAAACAAUGCAAGAGAGUGGCAGAAACCAUCCUCCUUCCAUUCAGGGACCUGGACCUGAAGAGCAAAGGCCAAAUAGCAAAACUACAGAUGUCAGAGAGGUGUUUGAAACACAUCAAGUAGCAACUCAGUCAGCUAAUAAACAUCUGUAUGAAGCAACACCUAUGGAACAUCUUCUGGACUUAGUGGACAAAUAUUGGAAUGGUUAUAAAUCACUCCACUGCAAUGAGAAAUUUCUUUCUCAGGCAGGACCUGUUUUGUCUGCAAUGCAGAAAUCUGCACCUGUGGAUCAACCAAAAGAUUCUGCAACAAUGUGUCAGGAGGUGAAUAAGCUGCUGGUAGAGAAAAAAACUUUACUAAGUCAUUUGUCUGAACAAGAUCAACAAUACAACAUAAAGAUUAACAGUCUGAUGUCAGAACUGAGCAACUCUCAAAAAGACGUGGAUAUCUUGAAGCAACAUUUAGACCAGUUGUUGGAAGAGAACACUAACUUAAAAGCUCAUCUGUUAAAUGUGGAACAGAAUGUCAAAAAUGCAGACAGUUCUAGUUCAUUACAUUUGCAACUUACUGAUCUGCAAAACGAGAAUCAACAGUUAAGAAGUGAAAACAUCAACUUGAAACAGCGUUUUCAGCACUAUGAUCAGAUUCAGGAGCUCACAGAGAUGUUGCAGGAAAGUCACAGAACUUUGGUUUCUACCAAUGAGCAUCUCCUGCAAGAAUUAGCAGAGACACGUACACGGCACAGGACUGAAGUUGAGCAGCUACACUGGAGUUACAAUCAGUUAAAAAAAACAAUGGAUAAACAUCCUCCUAGCAACAUGGACAACAGCAGAAACAUGGAUGUGCAUGAUGGCAAUUUAAACCCAGUCAGAAAUUUUGGUUGAGCACUUUCAGUCCAGAACUCAGGGCUACCUAAAGCUAAAUAGCCAAUGAAAUGCACUGGUGCCAUGCUUUAGCCAAAAAUAUCUUCGGAUGGGAAUCCCUAAACUGCUGAAAACUAUGAACUUUGAAGAGACUUUUGAGUUUAAAGAUACCAAACAGAAAACCAACAAUAAAUCUCUUACUGAAACCACACAGUUACUAGGAAAUUUUGGUGAACUGCAAAUAUAAAUCUGGUGGCUUUAUCCUGGACAGUCUCCCCUGUGUAAAAUAUUUACUUAAUCUGGACUCAUAAAAAUAUUUGAUUACAAUUCAUCAUGUAAUUGUUCAUGCAGAAGAGUUGUUAAAGCAAAAUUGCCCUUUUAAAUGCAUGUGAUAUCGUAAGGCUGUUACAGCUUCCAUAGCCAUAAAUAAAAGGACAAAAACUUAAUUACCGACUGCUUUAUAUAAAUGUGAUUAUAGGGAAGAAAUCCUAAAGCGUGGGAGAACUACACUGACUAAAUAUUAAAGCACAUCAUGUACUCAAAAUCAUUUAUUAAAUAGCACUAUAGCAAGAAUCAAAUCUGAUUUUUGUGUAACUUCACUUUUUAAAAGUCCAUUUGUUUCCCCCAGUCAGCACUUUAAUUUCUUGGGUCCUGAUCCUGCAAAGACUAAUAAUGCACGUGCUUAACUUUGCACACAGGGCGGAAAGUUAAGCACAUGUGUAAGGCUUUGCAGGACUGGGCCCUGCCUUAGUGUUAAUGGAAUCAUAGGCAUAGUUAUGACUUCUGUAUUUUGGGGGGAAAAGAGGGCAGCUCCAGUCAGGCCCACAGUGCCUGUCCCAGGCUUGCAGUUUGCACGGGGGUCGGGGGAAGAGAGAAUGCCCCUUGGUCCCCUCGAACU